GGCUUUGCGCCCCCUCGCUGGUUGGCGAUGCUGCUGCUGCUUCUGCCGCGGGUCCAGAACCACAGAGCGAGCGGGCCCCGGUUUUUAAUAAGCGACCGUGACAGAGACCCACAGUGUAACCUCCACUGCUCCAGAUCCCAGACCAAGCCCCUCUGUGCCUCCGAUGGUAGGGCAUAUGAGUCAAUGUGCGACUACCAGAGAGCAAAAUGCAGGGACUCGAGCCUGAGUGUGGUUCAUCGAGGCAGAUGCAAAGAUGCUGGUCAAAGCAAAUGCCAGUUAGAAAGAGCGCAAGCGCUGGACCAAGCCAAGAAGCCCCAGGAAGCAGUCUUCAUUCCAGAGUGCAGUGAGGAUGGAUCAUUUACCCAAGUGCAAUGUCAUACUUACACUGGGUAUUGCUGGUGUGUCACUCCAGAUGGCAAACCCAUCAGUGGUUCUUCUGUACAGAACAAAACUCCUGUGUGUUCAGGUUCAGUAACUGACAAGCCAUUGGGACAGGGUAAUUCUGGGAGAAAAGAUGAUGGAUCGAAGCCAACACCUACUAUGGAGACUCAGCCUGUUUUUGAUGGAGAAGAAAUCACAGCUCCCACACUUUGGAUUAAACAUUUAGUCAUCAAAGAUUCCAAGCUAAAUAGUUCCAGUAUGAAAAAUUCAGAGAAAAUUAAUUCUUGUGACCAAGAGAGGCAAAGUGCCCUGGAAGAGGCCAGACAGAACCCCCGUGAGGGGAUUGUCAUACCUGAAUGUGCUCCUGGGGGGCUGUACAAGCCAGUGCAAUGUCAUCAGUCUACAGGAUAUUGCUGGUGUGUUCUGGUAGACACAGGUCGUCCCUUACCUGGCACAUCCACCCGAUAUGAGACCCCUGUGUGUGAAAGUGAUGCCAGAUCAAAGAGCACAGCAAUUGAUGACCCAUUCAAGGACAGAGAACUUCCAGGCUGCCCAGAAGGGAAGAAAGUAGAAUUUAUUACCAGUUUACUGGAUGCUCUGACCACAGACAUGGUACAGGCCAUUAACUCAGCAGCACCUGCUGGAGGUGGGAGGUUUUCAGAGCCUGAUCCCAGCCAUACAUUGGAGGAGCGCGUGGUGCAUUGGUACUUUAGUCAACUGGACGACAACAGCAGCAGCGACAUUAGCAAGAGGGAGAUGAAGCCAUUUAAGCGCUAUGUGAAGAAGAAAGCCAAACCUAAAAAAUGUGCCCGACGCUUCAUAGACUACUGUGACCUCAACAAGGACAAGUCUAUUUCACUACAAGAAUUGAAGGGUUGCUUGGGUGUUGGUAAAGAAGGAGGUUGCGCAGGGGUUGAAGAGACUCAUCAGUCUCUCGGUCAGCUGCAAAUUGCAAGUCGGUUUUCCACUGUGCAUGGAGCUGGGAGCCGGCACAUCUUCUUUCGUCUUCCUCGUCCAGCUCUUCCUCCCCUGCCAGAGCUAACUCAGCUCACUUCGGUGAAGGUAUGGGUAGAAUCUGGAUGGCUGGUUGGAAAAAGGGUGCAUCCUGUCGUUUGCUCCUGGUAUGUCAUUGGCACCUGGACCACAGGACACUCCUCCCUAUGCUGGUUGAAACAUGCUAUGACCAUCUUCCGGAUCACGAGUAGCGAGGGGGGUAACCGGCAGGACUGCAUCAUUGAAACAGAGCUGCCACUGUCGAUCAGCACUGUGAAGCACCUUCCUGCCACCUGUACAGUAACUUAA